UCGUCCAUGACUCAUUUGCCUCGAUCGAGGGAUUUAAAUCACAAGAUUUGAUUUUUCAUUCAGACAUUGCAUCGAGAAUAAAAUACAGCAAUAAAAUAUGACCACAGUAGACGAAGGUCAUCUUCACCAGCGCUCUGUUCAAGCCUACGAUCAUGCCGAUGGAGAAGCUAAAAAAGUUAUUGAAAGUUUACAGUUUAAAAAUCCUGGUCCACAACUCAUGUUUUCCGAAUUUGAUCCCGAGAAAAGUGUGAGGGAAUUAAGGAAAAUCAAUAGACUUAUAAGCGAUACAAACACUAAUGUAACUCCCAUAGUAGAGAAAGGUAAACGCUCGCGUCGUGGUCGUAAACCCAAGUUUUGGACGAAGUGUCACGAUGGCAAUGGUAGAUUGAUUACGGGCAAUGUGGAUUUGUGCGACUGCCAAGACAAAAAUUGUACAGGAUGUCAUUUUCCUUGCCAUGCUUGUGGUUCAGAGAAGUGUGGCAUUGAAUGUCGACGCAAUCGAAACUGGACAUACUGCAAAGAUGUAUCUACAACUGACUCGUUUAUCUUGAGCUUUAAACAGAGAGCAGAUUCAAGUUCCAAAAACACGUAAUUAUGAAUGGAAGUUCUGGUCAUCUUACGUAUAACGACUUUGAGAUACGACCAAGGUGAAUAUACUGAUUUCGGAAUCAAACAAAUAUCAACGAAAUAUAUUUUGAUUUUUCAAUUUUCUUUGAUAAUAUAACAAACAAAAUGAUAAAUUAAACACAAUCAUAAACAAUAACUCAACAAUUUAAAACCAAUAAAUAAUUGUCCUUUGAGGAAUAAACAAACA